UUGCUGAUCAAUUUGGUAUAAAAAGCUUUAAAAGGCUAGUACCUAUCAGAAGCUAAAAAUUACAAUCAUCUUUUCUCCAUUAUUUGAUCUCCAAACCUCUAUAAAUUAAUUAGUACAUACAUGGCUAAUUUAUUUCCCCUCUCCAUGGCUACUUCACAAAAAAACUUAAUGUCUACAAUUCUCAUGUUGGGGCUGCUCAUGAUCAUGUCACUCCACUCCACAGUUGGUGAUGUAGGUGUCUGCUACGGACGGCUGGGCAAGAAAUUGCCAUGUCCAAAAAAAGUAGUAUCUCUAUACAAGAAGAACAACAUAAAAAAAAUGCGUCUCUACGACCCUCACCAGCCCACUCUCCGAGCUCUCGGCGGCGCCGACAUCGAGCUCAUGGUCGGAAUCCCGGAAACCGAUCUCCAACAUCUAGCUCAGUGCCAAUGCCACGCAAACGCUUGGGUCGCCGGCAACAUAAGCGCCUACCCCGACGUCAAAUUCCGAUGCAUCGCUGUGGGAAACGAGAUAAACCCUUCAUCGUCUCCGUACUCCUCCUUCGUCUUCCCAGCAAUGCAAAACAUUUACAGAGCAAUCUGUAAUGCGGGCCUCGGAAACCAGAUCACGGUCUCCACCUCCAUCAAAACAGACGUUCUCGAAAAAUCAUCUCCCCCAAAAGAUGGGGAGUUUCGAUCCAACGUGACUGGGUAUAUGAAGCCCAUCGUCGAAUUUUUGAGGGACACAAAUGCCCCUCUGCUUGUGAACGUGUAUCCUUACUUUGCGUAUAUGAAUGAUAUGAAGAACAUUAGCCUCUCCUUCGCACUUCUGCAGCGGAACAGCGGCGUCGUUUUGGGCGGCGUCUAUUACGACAACCUUUUCUAUGCCAUUCUGGAUGCUGUGUAUGCAGCCAUGGAGAGGAUACUUGAUCCGUCGUCAUUGUCGGUGUCGCUAGUCUCGGUUCCGACACCGAGCGUGACGGUGUCGGAGACGGGGCAUUCGUCGCGUGGGGGCGGUAAACCGGAGAGCGAUGGCGAGGGAGAUGGAGAUGCCAGCACGGUUGAAAAUGCGAGAAUUUAUAACAAUAAUUUGAUGCGGAUUGUGAAGAAAGGAACACCCAAACGGCCCGACAGUCCUAUAGAGACGUACAUAUUUGCUAUGUUUGAUGAAAAUGAGAAGCCCGGCCCUGAAUAUGAGAAGCAUUUUGGGAUCUUUUUGCCAAACGGAAAACGGAAAUACCGGCUUCGUUUUUACUAGGGUGUUAUCGGAAUAAUCAGCUGGGAGAGUUGGCUCAUGCUCGCCAGCCUCUAUCUGUUUUAACAAACUUGUUGUUUAUGUUGAUGCACACUCCAGUCUACUAAGAUUGCAAAUACCGCCAAGUAAAAGAAAAAGAAGCAAAUAAAGUUGUUAUUUGUAAUUCAAUGUUAUUGGUAUAA